GGUCGGAUCCGUGUACGCGUGACUAUUGCGUCGUUCAAAAGCUUGUGCGAAGACUGUGCAUGCGGGUUCAAUUUGGUUUAGUGACACGAAUCAGUGAAUAUCAACAUGCGCGAUAAGCUGCUGCUAGUGCUCAGUGCGUGCUGUGCGCUGGCCUAUCUUCAAGUGGCCACAACGGAGCUGAGUGAUUAUGAAAUCGAUUACGAUGAGGAGGGCUUUUGGAUUGGCCACGGGCUGGGCAACCGCAAAGAAGGCGACGAAAUCCUGAAGGUGCUGCAUAAAUCCGUUGGCCCGUUCGUGGAGCCGCAAAACGUUACCGUCGUGGAGAAGUUCACUGCAGCGGACGGUGAAAGUAUUACGUUUACACAAUUCAACUCAUCUAAGGUGCUGACAUACUUUCAUGAGGUGGUCCUGGAUUUUAAUCCCAAAAACUUCUACAUCCGGCUGAAGCUGUUCAACAUUACCAGCUUACGGCUGCAGCGAACAGUGUACGGGUUUCGAUCGAACGCAAUCAAACCGGAUGUGAGCUAGAAAUGCUUUCCCUGUCCGCCAUAAUGCGCUGCUAACCAGUAGGAUUUAGUCGCUGUUUUCUGUAAUAAGUUAACUGUUGGUAUUGUAAUGAUUAAGUUAGUGCAUAAGGAAUAAAACCAAAAAUCUCUU